AUGAGGAUCUUACCCGAACCUCGAGGUUCGGUUCCUUGCCUCCUCCUUGUGUCGGUUCUCUUUUCAGCGACUCUCUCUCUCGCCCGUGUCGUUGAAGUUGUCGGUUACGCCGAGAGCAAGACCAAGAACCCCCAUGCAUAUUCAGGACUCCGAGUGACGAUUGAUUGUAAGGUGAAUAAAGGCCAUUUUGUAACAAAAGGUUCCGGAAACAUUGAUGAUAAAGGAAAGUUUAGUCUUAAUAUUCCUCAUGACAUUGUCUCCAACGACGGAGCUUUAAAGGAGGAGUGUUACGCUCAGCUUCAUAGCGCGGUCGGAACACCUUGUCCGGCUCACGACGGUCUUGAAGCCAACAAGAUUGUGUUUGUAUCCAAAUCCGGAGAUAAACAUGUUUUUGGUCUUAAACAAAAUCUGAAGUUUUCACCGGAACUUUGUGUUUCGAAAUUCUUUUGGCCGAUGCCUAAGUUACCUCCUUUUAAAGGCUUUGAUCAUCAUUGGCCUUUACCUCCACCUUUGGAAAUUCCACCAUUCCUCAAGAAACCUUGCCCACCUAAACUAAGUCCUCCCGAGGAGGUUCCACCUCCGGUUCCGGUUUACGAGCCACCACCAAAGGUGGAGCUUCCACCACCUGUUGUUCACGAGCCACCACCAAAGGUAGAGCUUCCACCACCUGUCGUUCACGAGCCACCACCAAAGGUAGAGCUUCCACCACCUGUUGUUCACGAGCCACCACCAAAGGUGGAGCUUCCACCUCCGGUUCCUAAGAAGCCGUUCCACAAACCACCGGUUCCAGUACACAAACCGCCGGUUCCGGUCCACAAGCCACCAAAGAAGCCUUGCCCACCUAAACCGCCGAAGAUAGAGCUUCCACCACCGGUUCCGGUCUACAAGCCACCGACAAAGAAGCCAUGUCCACCUAAACCACCGAAGAUUGAGCUUCCUCCUCCGGUUCCGAUCUACAAGCCACCACCAAAGAUAGAGCAUCCACCAAUCUAUGUACCUCCGGUGAUCCCGAAGAAGCCGUGUCCUCCUCCGGUACCGGUAUACAAACCGCCGGUGGUGAUUCCGAAGAAGCCAUGUCCGCCACUUCCAACGCUUCCACCACUUCCAAAGUUUCCUCCUCUUCCUCCUAAAUACAUUCACCACCCAAAGUUCGGGAAAUGGCCUCCGUUGCCUUCACACCCUUGA